AUGCCCACUAUCUCGGUCGACAAGGCCGCGCUCUUCGAAGCGCUGGGCCAAACAUAUACUACCGAAGAAUUCGACGAGCUCUGUUUCGAAUUCGGCAUUGAGUUGGACGAAGAUACCACCGACCAGGACCGACCCAUUGUCGACGGAGUGCAGGAGCCCCCGCAACUGAAGAUCGAGAUCCCCGCCAACCGAUAUGAUUUGCUCUGUAUUGAAGGAAUUCAGUUGAUGCUUAAUAUCUUCCUCGGCCGGAAACCCCUGCCCGAGUAUAAGCUGUCUCAACCCGCUGAACUGCAGGAAAUUAUUGUCAAAGAAGACACCACAAGAAUCAGACCCUACAUCUCUGGUGCUAUCCUGCGCGGAGUCAAGUUCGACAAGGCCCGUUAUGAGUCCUUCAUUGCGCUCCAAGAUAAACUUCACCAAAACUUGGCCCGUCAACGAACUCUGGUUGCCAUUGGUACUCACGACCUCGACACUGUCAAGGGCCCUUUCACCUACGAGGCCCUCCCUCCCAAGGAUAUUAAAUUCGCUCCCUUGAACCAGACCCAAGAGAUGGACGCAGAAGAAUUGAUGGCCUUCUACGAGAAGCACCAACAAUUGGGUAAAUAUCUGAACAUCAUCCGUGACUCCCCUGUCUACCCGGUUAUCUACGACUCCAACCGCACCGUUUGCUCGCUGCCUCCUAUCAUCAACGGCGAUCACUCCAAGAUCUCUAUGGACACUACCAACAUCUUCAUCGAGAUGACAGCCACUGACCAAACGAAGCUUGAGAUUGUGAACCGUAUGAUGGUCACCAUGUUCUCUCAAUACACCACGGAGCCUUUCGUUAUUGAGCCUGUCAAGAUUGUUUCCGAGCACAACCAGCAGACUCGCAUCACCCCUGACAUUGCCCCCCCGUGUCGCCCAGGCCGAAACCUUCCGCCCACAACCCUGACACCAUUGACGUCGAGAUCCCCCCCCACUCGCGCCGAUGUCCUCCACCAGUGCGACAUCAUGGAGGAUGUUGCUAUCGCCUACGGCUUUAAUAAGCUCCCCAAGUCCUUCCCCAGCAAGUCCGGCACCAUCGCCCAGCCUCUUCCCAUCAACAAGCUGUCCGACGUGAUCCGCAUUGAGGCCGCGAUGGCCGGCUGGUCCGAGGUCAUGCCUCUGAUCCUUUGCUCGCACGAUGAGAACUUCGGCUGGUUGAACCGCAAGGACGAUGGUAGCUCUGCCGUCAGGCUGGCCAACCCCAAGACCACCGAGUUCCAGAUCGUCCGCACAAGCCUUCUCCCGGGUCUUCUGAAGACCAUCCGUGAGAACAAGGCUCACUCCCUGCCCAUGAAGAUCUUCGAGGUCAGCGACGUUGCCUUCAAGGACCUGUCACUGGAGCGCAAAUCCCGCAACGAGAGACACUUUGCUGCCGCCUGGUACGGUCGUAACAGCGGUUUCGAGAUUGUUCACGGUCUCAUGGACCGUGUUCUGGCCAUGCUGCGGAGCGCCUUCGUCCCUAAUGAAGCGGACGCCAAGGACGUCGGCAUGAACGAGUCAUCGUACUACAUCAAGGAGCUGGAUGAUCCCACUUAUUUCCCCGGUCACGCUGCUUCCGUCCACGUUCGCAUCGGCGGCAAGGAUCUUGUCGUCGGUUCCUUCGGUAUCCUGCACCCCACCGUGCUGGAGAAGUACGAACUCAAGAAUCCUGUCAGCACCCUGGAGAUCAACAUCGAGCCUUUCCUGUAG